UAAACAGCUGUUGGUUUGAGAAUGUUUAGAGAAACCGGUUGUAAGAAAGACCUAGGUCCUGCCGCUACCCCCGUGGCUAAGCCGGAACUUUUACCGAUCGCCGUGGGGCGGGAUAGCUCCUAGGCUUCCGGGUGAUUUCCGGAAAUAAGGCGUCCGUGCGGAAAGCGUCUUUGCUUCUGGAAACAGCUCGGAUGCUUCCCAGGGUAUAUCCAAUAUGGAGCCGAUACAUAACUAAGCAUACAGUGGAUUUUAAAGUACCCAGAUCAGCGGAGUGGGGAGGACAUGCUGCCUACUAUUUAAUUCUAAGUCUGUGUUUUUUUGUUGAUUAUGAAAAUACCCGGAGGGGACCCAUGCCUCAGGGUCUGUUUCCGUUUUGAAGGACCCCGAGGGAACAAGGCUUUGCCCUCAUCUCCUUGUAAACUUCCAAAGUCUGUGGUCACAAGAAACCUGCCAACAGUAACUGAAGAACUUCCUUACUUGUCUAUGCCUUUGUACUAAACUAGCUAGUAUUCUAAGAUGAGUCCCGGAAAUAAAGCAAAUACAUACAUAGAGUCUCCUGUGAAGACCUUCAGAAAUAACAUGCGGUAGAUACAUACUGGGCCUCUGGGUGCCGCUGUCGGCCAAUCCGUGGCUAGAGUGAAGCAAGGCAAUCCUCUGACGAUUGUGACGCAGCGAUCUCCGCAGACUUUGGAGAAACACAUCAGGAGCCGACUCUGCACUCUCUCUCUCCCGGAAUCUGGUCCAAAUAUCUGGGUCAGGAACGUCAGGAUGUUUAAUGACUGCAAAUGAGGCGCUGCCUUCCCAGCUCACCUUUGUAAUCCCGGAGCCACCGUAGUGAGGUGUAUUCGGAUCUGAGGAGCAGCAUCGAGAAGAAAUAGGAAGUCUUCCACAGGAAAGGUGCGCAGAGCGCAGGGAUUACUGUUUCCCCUCUUGCUGUCUUUGUUCAGCCUAGUGAACUACGUAGCAGAUGCGAUACUUCCGGAAGAGACAGUCAGGAAUUUAGAAGUGGGGAAUCUCGCCAAAGAUCUGCGUCUCCGUGGCAAGAACCGUGAGUGAGUGCUGAGAAGCCUCUCUUUAUCGCCAGCGAAGAGAGCAGGGACGAACUGAGAAUGACAGGAUAGAUCUAGCGGAUAUGCCAAAGGAAGACCCUGGGCCCCUUGACUCUGAAAUCUUCACUGGAAAUCCUAUAAAUGCUUUUCAUAUAAAGGUAUUCAUCCUGGAUAUAAAUAACAUAUGGCUUUUAGUACAGACAUUUUGUUUUGAAAAUUCUGGAAAACAUCUUAAUAGGAGCAAAGUUUACUCCUAAACCACAACAGAUUUGGACCGUACAAGUAAUUCUGUACAAAUUUAUCAGAAUAGUUUCAGUAACCAUCUCCCUUGCGCCCAGAAGUAAAAGAGAACACUAGGCCAGUAAAUACUCUGGUUGCAAUUGGAGAAAUCUGGACCAGAGGAGCGGUGCUGCUUCAUGGUGGGGAAGGGACAGAACCGCUCAGGGCGAGAUUCUGGUCUUGUAUGCCAAAGCCAGUCCUCCCAAACUGAGCCACAGGAGUACAGCAGAGUCCGCCUGCAGGAGAACCUGCCCUCUACCUCCUCAUCUGCUUUCUUCAGGUGAUCCCCACUGACCUAGAUGACACCCUGUAAGGGAGAGUUCUGCACUUUCCACACAAUCUCACAGAGCAUGCAGAAUAUAUCUACCAUUCAAUAAUGACAGCACCAUCUUUGAUUUUGAAGAGUGAGGUACAUCAUGGGAUAGAAGAGAAGACUGGAGACAGUUUAACAGCCCAUUUCAGAAUCCUGGUUGAAAUGGAGGUUGAGAACUAUAAUGCAGUGUGGGUGACUUUCAGCUGGGUGUCUAGUCUGACCCCAGCUUGGGGCCCUGUGUGCCUCCUGUUUCUUCCUGACCAGUGACCCAGCACUGUGGGCACUGUUGUCGCAUGUAUCAGUGAGCGCAGAGCACAGUGGUGUUCACUGCAGCCUACCUUUGAGCUGACUUUAUGGGCCUGUGACCAGGGUUUGACUGGGCUCAGUGUCAUCCUGAACCUGCCUGUAACAGUGGACUACCACCAUGAAAACGCACAGAGGAUGCUAUGCCAGGAACUGCAGUGGGAAGUGGCAUCCCUCUUUGAUGCAGCACCACGCAUUGCACAGCCCUGCUUACCUGGUCACCAAAGUGGAUGCCGACUAGAAUGCAAUGCCUGCCUGUCCUAUCACAUGCUUCAGAUCACCUAAUCCAACUCUUCAACCUGGGGAUGCACAAGAGUGAGAUGCGUGCUGCGGUGCUGCAAGUAACAGAGACACUGCUCUCCAGGGCUUGCUGGUCACUGUGCGCAGUGGCGACAGUCAUCAUGCUGUCCCUGGUCUUUGCCUACAGUUUGCAGGAGUUGCUGUUGGACCUCAGCGACUGCCUGGUACCUGCCACCAGGCAGGCAGAGCUAGUUCUAGCUGGUCGUGGCCUUGGCCUUGAUCUCCGUGCUCUUCCUCCUCGCAGUGACUCCGCCCAUCACCCUGCACCUUUGAUGUUUCUCCAGCCCAGCUUUCAGCCUAGUCUCUGGUCCAAGCCUGGAUUUGUAGUUGCUCCCACUUCAGGGAGAGAGAUUUGCCCUAUUCCUGCAACCCUUGUUUGACUUCAGAUAUUGCAAAAUCUUAAUUUCUUCAAGUUAACUCAGGAAACAUCUUUCAACUGGAUAUUCUCUAUAGUGCCAGCAAUGAAGCCUUAAAUAUUACAUUGGAUUCAAAUGUAUACGUGUGAGUUUUAACACUUUUAUUUCAUAAGUAUCAUCCUGUUGUAAAUCAAUCCUGCUUGGAUUUUGUUGUUGGCGGUGGGGGUUGGGGGUACGAACUCUACAAGUUUACUUGCUGGUUUCUGUGUAUAUUUUCAUUUGUCUCGUUAACCUGGACAAUUCCUUUGGGGAGAGUUUUGUGCCUAUUAAUUUAUGUUAUGUUUCCUGCUAAAGAGUUCUUUCCUUGCAAUAUUGAACUUUCUAAGUUUCUGCCCUUGGUUUCUAUAUACUUGUCUUUGAGAAGCUGAGAAACUAUAGAUUUGAUUAUACAGGAACAGAAAUUCUCUUUCCAAGAACUAUUCUUGUGGUCUUUGAUUGUUUCCUUUCUUUCCUCAUUUUCCAGACCCUUCUCAUGUUGUCCAUAGGGUGGCUGCCAAUAUUUGGCCCAGUUUGUGCUGAAAAAUGUCAACCUCUGGAAUGCAGAGAACAUUUUUCCCUAACUUUUUGGUAAAGAUAAAUAAAUCACUCUAAGCCUGAGACAUUUUAGUUAGGAAUCUUUUACUAGUUUUGCAAUGAGUUAAAGAAGGAAGGCAAUCUAGUUUUAAAAUCCUGCUUUUUAAGAAAAGCAACUUCUUUUAGAGAAAAUAUUGUGUGAUUGUAGGAGAAUACAUAUUAUCCUAAUAAGCCUGUCUAAAAAUAAAGAUGUGGCCUUUUUCUUUUCAAUUUUGAAAAAUAAUGUCACUACCUCGUUUGUCUCUUAAAUUUGAAGUCUGUAAGAUGUUCCUGUGACAUUUUCCCAGUAAAAUUCCAAGAGCUUGGUAUAAUUUUUUUCAAAAUAUAUUACCUUUGGGUGAAUUAAAGUUCUUUAAAAAACUCGUAUUAAAGGUCUUUUAAAAUCCACAUAAUACAUAGACACUUCAGAAAAAGAGGAAAAGUAAGGAUAGGGAUAAAACAUGUCCUUCAAAAUUCCAAGGUUUCUGAUAAAUGUUCAAAGCACAAUGGAAAGGAAAUGAGCAGUUCAAUUUUUUAAAGUCUAGCGUACAUUCUAAAAGUAUAUUUUUCUCUUCGAUUUUUUUCAUCUUCCAGUCAAAGGGCAGUUGCUCUUCUCUGUGGCUUGGGAAAUUAUCAGGUGGUCAAGAUAUACUACAGAAGACGUAGAAGGAUGAUUUUGUCCUUUUUGUGAUAUUCCCUGAAUAGCAAACAAGGAAAGCAGAUAGCUUGGGAAUACUGGAAUUCUACUGUAUAUUGAAAUUUAGCAACAUUUAGAUAUGGUUAAUUAAAUGAACAUAGUAGCUUCUCCUUUUCAUACAUAUAUAGUAGAAUGCUUAACUAUUUCCUUGUAAAUAAACUAAAACUUAAGGAAAGAUAAAUCACGUUCAUGAGUAUUAUCUAGGAGUGCAGUAACUGGUGAGGACUCUGGGUGCCGCUGUUCACCAGUCUGGGAGAUACAGGCAGCACAGACGCAUGCAGACAAGCCCUGAAAAGAAAACAGAAAAAAUAUGAGCUGCUUAGAACCUCCGUCACCGCCAGUUUGAAAACGGUCUCCCUGAGGCUGCCCAGACCCUCCUUCUGGACCACUUUCUGCUCUGGAUUCUCCUGGAAAUUGGGUUAAUUUAGGUUCAGAAGAGCAGAGAAACAGUACUGUUGGUACCGGAACUAGGAGAAAACUACGAAGCAAGAGAGAAAUGGCGAUUCCCGUGAAGCUGCUUGGCUGCGGCAGGCUGGUCCUGCUGUUCAUUUUUCUGGGGCUGUUGCUGGAAGCCAAGGCCGGAAAGAUCCGCUACUCGGUGCCAGAAGAGACAGAUGAAGGUUUCUUCGUGGGCAACAUUACCAAAGACCUGGGGCUACAACCCCAGGAGCUGGAUGAGCCGAGAGUCCGCAUCGUCUCCAGAGGUAGGACGCAGCUUUUUGCUCUGAAUGCACGAAGUGGCAGCUUGACCACCGCGGGCAGGCUAGAUCGGGAGGAGCUCUGUGCUCAGAGCGCACGGUGUCUGGUGAGUUUCAGCAUCUUAGUAGAGGAUAAAAUGAAGCUUUUCCCUGUUGAAGUGGAAAUAAUUGAUAUUAAUGACAACACUCCCCAAUUCCAGUUAGAGGAAGUGGAAUUUAAAAUGAAUGAAAUAACCACUCCAGGCACCAGGAUCCCUCUUCCUUUUGGGCAAGACCUUGAUGUGGGUAUGAAUUCGCUCCAGAGCUACCAGCUCAGCUCCAACCCUCAUUUCUUUCUGGAUGUGCAACAGGGAGCUGAUGGGUCCCAACACCCAGAGAUGGUGCUACAGAGUCCCCUGGAUAGGGAAGAAGAAGCUGUCCACUACCUCCUUCUCACUGCCUCUGAUGGGGGCAACCCAGUCCGUUCAGGAACUCUCCGCAUUUGCGUUCAGGUGGUGGAUGCCAAUGACAACCCUCCGGCGUUUACUCAAGAACAGUACCACGUGAGUGUACCAGAGAAUGUGCCACUGGGCACUUGUCUGCUCAUAGUAAAAGCCACCGACCCAGAUGAAGGAACCAAUGGGGAAGUAACAUACUCCUUUCAUAACAUAGACCACAAAGUGGCCCAGAUAUUUCAGUUGGAUUCUUACACAGGAGAAAUAUCAAAUAAAGAACCCCUGGAUUUUGAAGAAUACAAAAUAUAUCCAAUGGAAAUUCAAGCUCAGGAUGGUGCAGGCCUCAUGGCCAGAGCUAAGGUGUUGGUCAAAGUUCUGGACAUAAAUGACAAUGCCCCAGAGGUGACCAUCACCUCUGUCACCACUGCAGUCCCAGAAAACUUUCCUCCUGGGGCUGUAAUUGCUCUUAUCAGUGUGCAAGACCAGGACUCUGGAGACAAUGGUCACACUAUAUGUUCCCUUCCUAAAAAUCUACCCUUUAAAUUAGAAAAGUUAUUUGAUAAUUAUUACCGUUUAGUGACAGAAAGAACACUGGACAGAGAACUUACUGCCAGGUACAACAUCACAAUAACAGCAACAGAUCAGGGAACUCCGACUCUAUCUACUGAAAUGCACAUUUCAUUGCAAGUGAUGGAUAUCAACGACAACCCCCCUACCUUCCCCCAAGACUCCUACUCUGCAUACAUUCUGGAAAACAACCCCAGAGGAGCCUCCAUCUUCUCUGUGACAGCCCACGACGCCGACAGCAAUGACAAUGCACGAGUCACUUACUCCCUGGCACAAGACACCAUCCAGGCGGCGCCUCUAUCUUCCUAUGUCUCCAUCAACUCAGACACAGGCAUCCUGUAUGCACUGCGAUCCUUUGACUACGAGCAGUUCCGGGAACUGCAACUGAGGGUGAUGGCACAUGACAGCGGGGACCUGCCACUUAGCAGCAACGUCUCGCUGAGCGUAUUUGUGUUGGACCAGAAUGACAAUGCCCCUGAGAUCCUGUACCCCACCCUGCCCACUGAUGGCUCCACAGGCGUGGAACUGGCUCCCCGCUCUGCAGAGCCUGGCUACCUGGUGACCAAGGUGGUGGCGGUGGACCGAGACUCAGGCCAGAACGCCUGGCUGUCCUACCGCCUGCUCAAGGCCAGUGAGCCAGGGCUCUUCACAGUGGGGUUGCACACCGGCGAGGUGCGCACUUCGCGGGCCCUGCUGGACAGAGACACGCUCAAGCAGAGCCUGGUGGUGGCCGUCCAGGACCACGGCCAGCCCCCACUCUCAGCCACUGUCACGCUCACCGUGGCCGUGGCUGAUAGCAUCCCAGACGUCCUUGCCGACCUGGGCAGCUUCGAACCCUCUGCCAGACCUAACGACUCCAGCCUCACUCUAUACUUAGUGGUAGCGGUGACCGCGGUCUCCUGCGUCUUUCUCGCCUUUGUGAUGGUGCUGGGGGCGCUCAGACUGCGGCGCUGGCGCACAUCGCGCCUGCUCCAGGCUUCCGGAGGUGUAUUGGCGGGCGUGUCAGCCUCACACUUUGUGGGCGUGGACGGAGUGCGGGCUUUCCUGCAGACCUAUUCCCACGAGGUCUCCCUCACUGAGGACUCGCGGAAGAGUCAUCUGAUCUUCCCCCAGCCGAACUACGCCGACACGCUCAUCAGCCAGGAGAGCGGUGAGAAAAAGGAUUUUGUAUCGGCACCUCAGUCUUUACUUGAAGACAAAAAGGAAACAUUUUCUCAGGUAAACUUUUUGUAGUAAAUUUAUCUAGAUAAAAAUAAUUCCUGAGUUUGCUUACUUGCUUUCACUCUUUAUUACUCACGGUUCUUCUAUUUCCCAUGUAUCUUUGUAGAUUUCUAUUUACAAAUCCUGAGAAAUCAUUCUUAAGUGUUUAUAUCCAGGUAUAUUUAUAAUCGUUCUUUCAUUGAAAAGGAGACUGUAACUAAUUAUAAUGCAGGUGGCUGGGAUGAAGAGUGUGUGUGAGGUGCCAUCCCGGUUGUGGAAAGAGCACUGCAUCAGAAACAAGGAGGUCUGGCUUCUAAUAUUGUCUUGCUUGCCUCUGACUGAAUAAUUUUAUUUUUCUGGGCUUGCAGUUUCUUAUCUGGCAAGGAUAGGGUUUGAUUAGAAAAAGUCCAGCAAUAUUUACAUGACUAAUUCUGUUCUCAAAUUUCCUUAAGUUAUAAAUACUUCCUAAUUUAUCCCUAAAUUUAAUGUAGAUGCCAUCUGUCAAGGUGUUAUUUGGGGACAUUUGAAAAGGUACAGAUUGUCUAAAGUAGUAUUUUUAGUUGUGAUAAUAUAAAAUUAUGGAAAUCCAUGUAAGCUGCAAAUUUCAAUUAUUGUUAAAUAUCUUAGCCCUUUAUUUUGAGAUAUUUUGUGCAUGCUGAAGAACAUCAAAUGUUUAAGUAACAUAUGAAAUAGAGAAAUAAAAUGAAUGACAGAAAAUUUACUAUGCAACUUGAGAAAUAGUUUCGAAGCCUCCUGACUUGUAUAUUAUGCCAUAAUGGAUGACUAACAAAAAUUAAGAAAUGCAUCGUAGGGGAGUAAGUCUAUGCUUUGACAUAGUUACUCUGCUCCAAUAAUUAAAGAGAUAAAUAAAAUAUAAAAAGAGGAAAGCAAAAGCAUAGUAAGGCACAAAUAAAAGGUAAAUAUAUAAAUGGACCAAAGAUGGAACAGAAAGUGGUGAGCCAGGCUAAAGCUGGGGAGUUCUAGUCUUGGCUAGAUGCAGGCGUUGAAAGUCAGGAGAGUGUUCCAGUAGUGUAAUCGGAACAAAAGUGCUUUAGGCUAAACAAGGGACCUGAGCCAGGUUUACUACUUGAAUCUGAAACAAGCAGCUAGGCCUCUCAGCUAGUUAAAAGGGGAAAUCGCAUAAAAGUACUGCCUACCAGUUCCUAUGGUCAUAACUUGUUGCAAGCUGCAGACUAAAGGAGAGAAGUGGGUAGAGAUGCUGGCUUCAGAAAAUGAGGACCAGGUCUCAGAUGUGAGCUGUGAUAUUCAGAAUUCCACUGCUGCACACCAUGAAAGCACCAUUGAAAGACCUAGUUAUGGCCUGGGACCUGGGCUCAGAUAGAAACUAUUUCAAAGUCAUUAGAGACAGAGUGCUGAAUCCAGGUGGGAGGAAGAGAGGGAGAGAAAGUAGAAGAGACAGGGAAAAAAGCUCUUCCACUUAAAAUAAAUGUACAAACCAAAAUGUUGAAAUACAUUGUCUUUGGGAUUUAUUGUUGCUAAUGGGAAAUUUUCAGUCAACAAAUCAUCGUUACUUUUUAGAUAAUGUCUGUUAUCUCUGAUAGCUUUUUAAAAAUUUCUCUCAUUCUUGCUGUAUGUCUACAUGUGGACUUUUAUUUUUAUUUCCUGUUUGGUACCAAGAGUAUACUCUCAAUUAAUAACAUGUUAUUUUAAUUCUCAAUUUUCUUAGCUCUUAUAAUUUAAAAUUUUGCUUCUGUGUAUAUAUAAAUGAGCUAAGUUUAGCUAUUAAAACACAUAGAUUACCAAGUUGGAUGAUUUUUAAAAUCCAUCUAUAUUCUACUGACAAGAUACAAGUUUAAAAGAAAAUUACACUGAAAUAUUGAAAAUAAAGAUAUAUAUCUAUAUAUACACACACACAAAA